GCGGGCGAGGCGCGGCGGCAGAGCAAGCCCAAGGGGUACGCGGUGAGCGUGCACUACUCGGCGCUCACCUCGCUGGACCGCGCCUGCCCCGAGAGCGCCCUGCACCGCGUGGGCAGCAUGUUCCGCUCCAAGCGGCGGAAAUUCCGCGUGACCAGCGAGGACCCCACGUACACCGUGCUCUACCUGGGCAACGCCACCACCAUCCAGUCCAAGGGCGAGGGCUGCACCGACCUGGCCGUCUGCAAGAUCUGGAGCAAGAGCGAGGCGGGCCGGCAGGGCACCAAGAUGAAGCUGACUAUCAGCGCGCAGGGCAUCCGCAUGGCCCACGCCGAGGACAAGGGGCUGCGCCGGCCUGGCCACCUCUACCUGCUGCACAGGGUCACCUACUGCGUGGCCGACCCGCGCCUGCCGCGCGUCUUUGCCUGGAUCUACCGCCACGAGCUGAAGCACAAGGCGGUGAUGCUGCGCUGCCACGCCGUGCUGGUCUCCAAGCCCGAGAAGGCGAAGGCCAUGGCCCUGCUGCUCUACCAGACCUCG